AUGGCUAAACCUUCCACCCGCCUCAAUGUGGCCCCGGUCCCGCCGGACGAGAUUUUCGCCUUGAACGGUGCCUACGGCGCCGACACCCACCCGCAGAAGGUCAGCUUGGGAGUGGGAGUUUUCCGCACGGACGACGGCAAGCCAUGGCCGCUGCCCGUGGUGCAGAAGGCAGAGAAGGAGCUGGUAGCGGACGAUGACCUCUUCCGACACGAGUACACGACGAUCGAGGGCGACGUGCCGUUCCUGAGACUGGCGCGGGAUCUGAUGUUUGGAUUUGAGGGAAAGGACAGUGAAGAAGAGGCCAAGGCACGCAUCGCGUCUGUGCAGACCGUCGCCGGCACCGGCGCCAACCACCUCGGCGCCCUGUUUCUCGGCCACCACAUGAAGCCGCCCACCGUCUGGCUGUCCAACCCGUCCUGGGCCAACCAUAUGACGAUCUGGGAGCUGGCCGACGUGCCGCGCAAGACCUACCCGUACUACCACGCCGCGACACGGUCGUUCGACUUCGACGGCAUGAUGUCCACGCUCGAGACCGAGGCGCAGGAAGGCGACGUCGUGCUGCUGCACGCCUGCGCGCACAACCCCACGGGCCUCGACCCGAACAAGGAGCAGUGGGUGGCGAUAGCAGACCUGUGCGAGCGCAAGAAUCUUUUCCCAUUCUUCGACUCGGCCUACCAGGGCUUCGCGUCCGGGUCCGUCGCCGAAGACGCAUGGGCCGUGCGCUACUUUUUCACCCGGAAGCCAGACAUGGAGAUGUGUGUUGCCCAGAGCUUCUCCAAAAACUUUGGACUGUACGGCCAGCGCGUCGGCGCCUACCACUACGUCACCAACCGCAGCUCGACCAGCCUGCGCGACGUCGUCGUCAAUAACCUCUGCCAUUUGAUCCGCGGCGAGUUCUCCAUGGGCCCGCGCUCGGGAUGCAGCAUCGUCAAGAAGGUGCUCACUAAUGACCAGCUGACUGCUGAGUGGCACCAGGAUCUGCAGGUCAUGAGCUCGCGGAUCAAGUCCAUGCGCAAGGCCCUGUACGAUGAAUUGUCGCGCUUGCAGACGCCAGGCACUUGGGAGCAUAUUGUGGAGCAGAAUGGCAUGUUCUCCUACACCGGCCUGACCCCGAAGCAAGUCUAUGCCUUGAAGGACCAGUAUCACAUCUACCUGCUCAAGUCGGGCCGAGCAUCCAUCAGCGGUCUGAGCCAGAAGAAUGUCGCCUAUGUCGCACAUGCCAUCGAUAAUGUCGUCCGCAAUGUGAACUAA